UUAAAAAAACUCGCGUAACUUUUCUUGCAGGGUUUUGGGCUGAUAAUGGCCGAUAAAUCGAACUUUUCUAAGAGCAAGUUGGAACACUGCUCGUACAGGUAUUUGCAGCAACUUGCUAAAUCCAUGAAACUGCCAUCCAACGUGAAAAAAGUGUACCUAGUAGAAAUGAUAAAUGCAAAAAAGUGUUCCCCGGAGUCGGAGGUGCAACGAAUCAUUCAACGAGUGAAGCAGGAGCGGAAACACCUCACACAAGCCAAGAGGAGGAGCAGGCAGGCCGUAGUAACUGUAGACUCAUCAAGCUGCGAGUCAGUGUCCCCUGCUAUAAGCGACACGCCGAAACGGCCGCCGUUCAUGUUACGGUGCUCGGCGCUGAGGCAUCAAAUGAUGCGAUCACAAAACACCGAGGUCAGCACCUCACACCCCCCGAGUGACCGCGUUCUCCGUAGCUGCAACGUCAAACUCAAACCCUUCAUGAACAAGUUCGUCGAAGUGAACCAAAGGCACGUUGACAUGGUUGAGGAAGCCCCGCAGAUGAAUCUACGGAUUAUUAAGAAGUACAAGCCUAAUAUACUGGCGAAUAAGGAGAAGCAGAUUAUGCCGGUUACGCAGAUGCCACAAAUGGGUACAACACAGAUCCUAGUAAAACGCCAGAGGUUGUUAAGCGGCAUAUACCCUAUUACGAAGGAGCUGGUACCUGUAGGAGGAGUAGGGGUUCGAAACAGCGAGGGCAAGAUGUCCACGCUCACCGCCUUUAUACGCAAGCCACAGGAGAGCUAUACCAGCACACGAGAUAACAACCGAUUGAAGCGGAACAUGGAGCUGACGCUGCAAGAUAUUAUCAACGCGAAUGUGGACCAAGAUAGGAGCCUAAAUUAUCCUAAUACCAGUGCCGUCGAAGACAUACCAGACUUCACAGAAGUGACCCCAGAGACAACCAGCUCUGUGUACUAUCACAAAAAAAUCCGCGCCGAGCAAGUUAGAGAGCGGCGGAGCACUCUAAACACCAGAUGCGAGCUGCCUCGAAUCAACGAGGCAUUUCAUCAAUUCCGGGGCAACCAUAUCCGACAUGACGUUACGCAGCCGCUGUAUGUACAAGUCAGCGAGGAGUCCGAGCGAAUACUAAACUACCCACAUUUCGCCAAACGCAACACCAGCCUCCUGGAAACCAUGUACAACUUCAAGAGCAACUUCUUGACCAACCAGCCUCUCCUGCAGCUGGCCACCACUACCAACACCAAGUGCGUGUACUCAACACCCACUGUGGCCACCGCGGCUCCGCAAAGGUCUUCGACGACAUACACGGAGCCGUACAUGGCAUGUGAGUAA